AUGUCGGCGGUCAGUUUGGGGCGUUUGGGGUUGAUCACGUUGACCACCGUCCUCCUGAUCAUAUCCCUCAUCCUAUGUGUGGUCGCGUUGGUAACGCCGGCUUGGCAAACAGUGUAUUUGGCAGAGUUUCAAGCCGAACAUCAGCAUGGCUUGUGGAUGGAUUGCACGUUGAACAGAAGACACGUUCAAGGCAUGAACAAUGAUUUGCAAUGUACCUACAAGUUUGAGUCAGCGUUCUAUGAAGGAAGCGAUUACUCGGAAAGUGUUCAUGCUGAGGAGGAGCAGCACAAGUUCCAUAGUAAGUAAAAAUUUUUAAAAAGUUAUAUGUCGAGCUUGUUUUAUCAAAAAAAUUUUUACUGGCUAAAGUGGUAAUUUUAACCUAAAGUAAUAUAGAUUGUAUAAAUAUUUAUUUUUUUUAUUUGAAAAUAUAAAUACAAAAUGAAAUAAAAACAAAAAUUUUUAUAUUUCAACAAUAAAAAAAUUUUAAAAAAUCCUUUUUUAGGCUGGCACGGUGCCGUACUAACCUUCAUAGCAAUAUCAUUGGUUAGUGGUACAGUUGGCUUGUGUUUUGUCUUCUGUGCCGCUUGUAUUCGAAUUUGUGGUAUUGUUGCUAAUGUUCUCCUUCUCAUAUCAAGUAGGUGAUAAAUCAUAUUAUGUACUCAUAUCGAGUACGUCGUAAAUUAUAUUACAAUUUAAAAGACUAAAAGUAAAAAAAGAUAUUUAUACGUAAAGUACGGUUUAACAAGGAUUUUAAGAUUUUUAUGAUCUUCCUCUCGCAACAAAUGAUAAUUAAUCAUAUAUGUUGGGACAGGGAAAUAAUUCUUUUGUCUAGUAAAAUGCAUCCUUUUUUUUUUGUUUGAUAGUCUUCUAACAACUGUAAAUUAAAUUGUAAAGAAAAAAUAAAUUAGUUGAUUAAAAUUAGCAUUGCUUAACUAUAAAAGCUUAAUUUUAGCGGUAUGUCUGGCCACAGCCUUAUCAGUGUUCUUUAUCAAUUCACACAAACACGAAGUCAGGUUUGUACAUGGCAUCACUAUGACAUAUGAAGUAAGUUGUAGUUUACAAAGGUAAAAUUAAAAAAAAUCUAAAGGAAUGCCAUACCUAAGGCUCUAAGUUAAAAAUGCUGUAAAUUAUAGCUCUGACAAGACGUUUAUAGCUAGCUAUGACCAAAAGUGAUGCUCUACUCUACUGUAAAGAGAUAAUAAUAUACUUGUAUUAAAAGUUGCUUUACUCUAUACUAUUAUAUUUUAGCAAUCCAAAGGAUAUUCGUUUUACCUCGGCGUAGCAAGUUUGAUAUGUUUGUUCAUUUCCUUCUUGAGUAGUGUACCGGCAACUGUAUUAGUCUUUCUACACGACCGACAACAACAUCGACCAAACAAAACGUUCCCCAAAGAUCAGCCUAUCACUGUUUAA